CAAGGCAGUGGGGUGGGGGGCGGAGAUAGUGAGCGCAUUGCGUGCUAGGAGUGCUACGCGCAAAAUACCGACACGAUGGUGAGAGCGAGAAGCCUCGGAGAAGGCCAGCGGUAGACCUGCAAAGUGGAAUCCAGUCGUACUGCUGCAGUAAUAAAAGACAGCCACGGAGCACAGGAUAGCUGUGUUCUCGGCCUAUCAUCUGGCAGCUUCCAGUGAUAAUGGCACAGGAAGUUAAAAUUCAGUACGAACCGGUGGCAGAAAUUGGUGGAGGGGCUUAUGGCACUGUAUACAAAGCCAGAGACCUGCAGAGUGGAAAGUUUGUGGCCUUGAAAAAUGUCCGUGUACAAACCAAUGAAGAUGGGCUACCCCUGUCAACACUAAGAGAAGUCGCCUUGCUGAAGCGGUUAGAACAGUUUGAGCAUCCAAACGUUGUCAGGUUAAUGGAUGUGUGUGCAAUAAUGAAGACUGAUCGGGAAACUAAAGUAACGCUUGUGUUUGAACAUGUAGACCAGGACCUGAGAACAUACCUUGAGAAGGCACCACCUCCUGGAUUGCCAGCUGAAAACAUAAAGAGUCUAAUGAAACAAUUUCUGAGCGGUUUGGACUUCCUGCAUUCCAAUUGUGUGGUUCAUCGUGACCUCAAGCCUGAAAAUAUUCUCGUCACAAGUCGGGGGCAGGUCAAGUUGGCUGACUUUGGGCUUGCACGGAUUUACAGUUGUCAGAUGGCUCUUACCCCAGUGGUAGUUACCUUGUGGUAUCGAGCCCCUGAGGUUUUACUUCAGUCAACAUAUGCGACCCCAGUGGACAUGUGGAGUGUGGGAUGUAUAUUUGCAGAGAUGUACAGGAGAAAGCCACUGUUUUGUGGAAAUUCUGAAAUCGACCAACUCUGCAAAAUCUUUGACAUGAUUGGACUUCCUCCUGAGGAAGACUGGCCUACAGAUGUUACCAUACCCUAUGGCACCUUCUCGCCAAAGUCACCAGCACCAGUAGAGUCAUAUGUGCCAGAUAUGGAUAACCUCGCAGCAAGGCUACUUCUGGAUUUGUUGAUGUUCAACCCAAGAAAGCGAAUCUCUGCAUUUGAUGCACUACAUCAUCUCUAUUUCAAGGACCAAGAUGAAAACGCUUAACCACUAAUGAGAGGUAUUCAUCAUUAAUGGACCAAAUUCUGAUGAUGAGGGCAGAUAAGAUGAUCGUGUUUGGAAUCCUACCAUCAUGCAUUUGCACAGCUGAACAGGCUGAGUUUGUGGCACAGGAAGAAACCGUUAAGUCUACUCUAAAUUUACUUUUCUGACAUGAUGUUCUGCUACAUCAGCAAGCUUAAUGCUGGCCGUGCCUAAUGAGCUCUAAAUCUGUGGCCAUUAUGCUGUUGGAUCCUUUACCAAAACUCUCCCAAAAGGAAAGAAUAUGCAAGGUUUCAAGGUAUCCAGUGGAAAAAAAUAAACAGCUGUGCAAUAUAGAUGGGGGAGAAUGGGUGAAUGUGGGAACAAUUCAUUUAAAAAAUAAAUUGCACACCGUUCUUUAAUCUUGCAUACACAGUUCUUAAAUCAUUGGUAUAAAAAGACCUGCACUGCUGUGUUCAUUAUUAGCUUUUGCAGAAUACUUUCUGGUUUUCAUUAUGUUCACAAGCAUGAUGUAUUGUAAGUUCCUGUUUCCAGUUAAUGGAGCAAAUUAAGUAACCUAAUUGAAAGCAGCUAGAGUCUUGUGUCAUUAUAGCAUCCCCCUUUGACACCAUCAAGGUACAGUUUUAAGUCUGGUUUUAGGUUGUAUGCAACAUAUAUAUUGAAGCAGCCUGAAUGUUAGUUCAGGCAUUUUUUUCCGCAGUAUGUAUGGAUGGCAAAGCUUACAGGUACUGCUAUGUUGACCUCUUUACCACAGCAUGAAACUUUUAUUUUGAAACAGUUCUGAACCUUGAAAUAAAAUAAGUACUAAAUAACCAUUGUGGGGAACUGUGGGAACAGAAAACCAAAAUCAAAACAUUGAAAGGUGUAGGGGAUAUUUGCAGUCUGUUACACGGAGACCUGUUGCAAAUUAAACUGUAAAUUACAGUACUUGUAUUUGUGUAGUCCACACAAACUGUAUAAUGAAGUGUCCUUGUACACAAAGUGCCUUUCCAGCCAUAUUUGCCUUUUUUCCCCACAUAAGGAUAAUAAAGUACUCAUGUUUUGAUAUAUAGCAGAGCUGUAAUAAGCUGUAUUUGCAGGCAACUUCCAAGGACUUAAAAGGAUCCCCUGCACGGAGUGCUGUGUACAGACUACUACAGUUGGAAACGAGUGUGGGUGUUUAUUACAUGAGCAAAAGAGAAGUCAUGCAGACAGUUUAUGGCAGUACAUUGCUGAUACAGUACAGGAAUGAAAGAAGCCAUGUCUGUUUGACACUGUGCAUGUAGGGAUGAUGUGUACUGUGAGCUGAGUAUGACCCCUCCUUGGGAGCAGGGCCCUGAGGUGGUGUUACUGGAGGUUAGUGAAAAUAGUGCUGAAUGAGCUUAAAGGAGUGAGAGAGGUGACGGUUAUGUAUGUACUUGUAUGAAUUACUUUAAACACUAGUCACUUAAUGGCCAAGUGUAAGUAUCCAUAACAGGUAUUCACAGAUUUUGUUAUCUGUGACAAAAUAAAGUUCAGAAUUUGUCAA